AUGACAAAUGGACAAACAACGAAGAAUACUCGCUCUUUUCUUGGCAAGGCUUUCUCCUACCUCAACACUGCCAUCAGCCACCCUAAGUUUGGAUCGAGAUCGGACAAGUUUACAGUCGUUGUUGUCAUCACGAAAUCUCCCUCGGCGGAUAGCUUUUUAGAGCAAAGAAAGUCACUUUUACGACAAGGCGUGAAAAUCAUCAGCGUCGUCUAUAACGACGUCGAUCCAAAACUUCUUGCUAAAUCUGUCACUGAAAAAAAUGAUGAUUAUUUAAUCGCUCUUCGUGGAUCAUCGGAACUGCCACUAGCUGGAGCUUCCGUUAGCUCGGCUAUUUGCGAGCUAAGCACAAAUUACCCGGGCAUCGAAGCUGCUCUAGAAUACGAUCAAUUGAAGAAAGCGUACAUCAGUUCAAUUUCCGACGUGAAAAGCAUUUCUCUUCUUGGACCAAUAAUGGUUACUCCAAUUGCAACCAUGGCAAAGAUCACUUGGGCCGGCGCAAACUCGAAUCUCGUCACUGAUUAUGCUCUGAGCUGGACUCCUGAGCAUGGCGAGCUGGUACAGGCGCAAGGAACAAAGACCGAACGGAUUAUAAAAGGACUGCGACCUGGAACUGCAUAUGCUCUCGAAAUAACACCCAUUGUCAAGAUGAGGUUCAAAAUUUCAUGA